AUGGGAGACAGCGAGAGAGGCAAGACAUUGCAGGAGGAAGAGGAUUCGACUGCGGAGUUUGCGCGGCAAUGUGCACAAAGCUGGCCGGAUCUGCUGUGUCGCGGCAAGUCGCAGAACGAGGCCGAGACUCUGGCAGAGUUCGGCGAGAUUUGUGAGGCAGAUGCCCACACCAUCAAGGUGGACGUCUUGCGAACUCGAGGCGCUCAUCCCGCCUUUUCUACCCCAGAGAUGCGUGGCAGACUGCAGGAGUUGCUCACCGAUUUUUGCCUCGCGGAGGGCGUGCGGUACAUGCAGGGCCUGCACGAGGUUGCCGCGGUCUUCGCCUACAUCGAGGCGGCGGGUGACGGUUUUCGAAGCAGCAAACCGCAAUGCCCAACGACUCUGGACUGUUUCAAGAUAUUUACGCGGAGCUUCAUGCCCUGCUUCUACGACGGAGAGGGAUUUGUGAUUUUGCACAUCACCCUGCUCUUCUUCCGCCAGCUAUUGCUGUAUCACCUCCCGCACCUGCACAACCAGCUGGAAGAAGCUGGCGUCGCCCCGGUGGUGUAUGCAACGCCAUGGUUCAUCACCCUGUUUGCGUACAAGACACCGCUGCAAGUCUUGCUCAGGCUUUGGCAUCGAUACAUUCGCCGAGGGGAUCCCACUUUUGUACCAUUUCUAGCAGUCGCUGUGAUGGAGCUGGAGAAGCAAGCCUUUCUGGAUGCCGAGGAGGAUGACCUGAACUACGCCGUUGAUCGUACCACAAUAACCUCCUUGGAGAAGUUGCAAGAUGUCUGGAAUGCCGCAGAAAUCUUGCACGCAAAGACCCCCAAGUCUUUCUCGUUCAGAAUGUCCCGCGUUAUCAUGCAGGUCAGGGAGCAACUUCGCAAGAAAGGCUCUGGCCAUCCAUGGGCCGACAGUGUACUGGCUCGCGCAGAGCAGGAGCGAAGGCUCGUGGUACUUGCCAGAGAGGUUGUGGCACAGUUCGUGCGCGCCUCUGAUCCGGCAUCCACGUCACUGGACUCGGUGCAGGCAGUGCCGUCUGGGCAAUUACCGUCGCUUCGCUUACUGCUUCUGGACGUUCGACCUCGAAAUGCGUACGAUGCGGAACAUCUGCCAAACGCGCUUCAUUUCCAUCCACCUUCUCUGCAGCGCCUUGCGCAGGUGAGUGCCGGCAUGAGUCGCCCUCGAGCAGAACGCCUGGCAGCUGCCCUCUCCCGUGCCAUCUCGGAGGUUGGCGGACUGGUUGGGGCACGAAAGGAAGCCCCCGAGGUGAAAGCGGGGGAGAGCACGCCGGAAGGGGGAGAGCACGCGGCGCUUGGUGCAGAGGUGUUCCAGGCACUCCAAGCUGCCGCGAGCGAGGCCUGGGGUGAAGGCUGGAUCUCAGAGUCUGAGAGCGCACACCUUGCGGUGCUGGGGGGGGAGGCAGAUUGGGACGCGGCCCAAAUAUGCAAAACGGAUGGUGGCGGAGUGGUCGCCGCCUUGUUCGAGGCAUUGACGGGCCAAAUUUCUUUGCCGCGAGUGUCCGUGGUGCUGGGUGGCGCUGCAGCCCUGCAACGCGAGGCAGAGAAGCGUGGACUGAAACUCGAGAGCUCCGCUUCCUCAGCACAGAAGACUGACUCCGCCUAUCCCGGCAACGUACGAGGCCUACUGUCUGGAGCCUUCGCGAGCCUCCGCCAGCGAGCUCAACAGGCCCAGCAGGGCCUCGCCCAGCAGAUUCAGAAAAGUUCAGAUGCUGCCUGA